AUGCUGAGUGCUCUCAUCCUCCUCCAGUUGCUCAUUCCUCCCAGUUCGCAGUUCUUCUUCGGCGGAGCUGGAGGUGGAGGCGGUGGCUGCGGAUGUCCGUGCCCGGUCCCCCCGCCCGUUCCCAUCUGUGCUCCUCCUCCGAUUUGUGCUCAACCUGCUCCGUGCUCCUCUCCUUCCUACGCUCAACCUACCUCCUAUCCUCCUAUCCCUCCUAUCCCUCCUACUCUUCCUACCCGUCUUCCUAUCCCGCAUCGCCAUUCUAUCAAGUGAGUUCCUCAUGUUCCAUGUUUCCUUCUUUUCAUUUCCUUCUUUUCAGCCCGGUUGGUCUCCCGCCUCUUCCUAUUCCACUUCCUACUCUGCCGCUCCGCCCCCGCUCCUCAUCCCUUCCGCUCCUUCCUACGUGGCUCCGGUCUCCGCGCCCGUCUACUCGGUGGCUCAAUCCAUCCGGUGCCCGGUCCGUUGCCUCCUUCUCCUCUUUUCGUUCCGGCUCCUCCGCCGCUUCCGAUCUCAGUCAAUGACAGAUAUGACAAGUUAGUAUUAUUGGUUUAGUCUCAAAGCAAGUUAGCCCGUUUCUCAGAAUCGCCAUCGUCACUUCCAUCGCCACGACGGCCUCCUAUCAACAGAUCGGAUACUCUCCGGCUACCGUAAGAAAAAGAGACGUGCCAGGAAAGUAGUGUCCGAUUCAGAGUAUUUAUGAGAAGCAGUACGACGAGGAAAACAGUUUGGAAGGGAUGGCCCCGCCCCCGCCGCCUCCGCCUCCAGUUGAUCCUCCAAAGUUCGUUGAAUUCUGAUUUUGGGUUGAAGCCACGAUUGAUAAUAAUUUGUAGGGAGCCUAUUCCAGUACCGAUCACGUACGACUACCGUACUUCUGAAGUGAUGACGCCCACGGGCUACUACAAACCGGCAUAUGUGCCCAAUUACAUCGAAGACGCCUCGGAAGAGGGACCACUCGUGGAAAAGCAGGGAUACUGGGCGAAGGGACCGCCCAUCCCGUACUCGUCUUCCAAGUACGACCAGUUUGAAAACAGACACAACAUUCUGAAGCGAAUGAAGACGGAAUCAAUCCCUCGGACGAACAACACUUGCAAUUCGAUCAAAUUGGCCAAUGUGAUGAUGAGAGCGAUUGUGCAAGACGUGACCGUUUCGAAGAGAAUGAUUCAGCACGCAACGAAGCUGGCCUUUGAUGGUGCAAAAUUCGAUGUGUUCUGUGCUAUCGGCGAAUUCAGCUACAGUAUUCACUCGCGUAAAUACUGCGAAGUGACGAAGGAGGAGGUAACUUGCUUCGCAUUCCGUUGA